UAUGAUAAACGAAAUCAUACAGUGUUAAAAUAAACCAUACACCAUGUGAUUGAGUGUUAAACGCGAAUUGCUAAGUCGUACAUUCAACAUGAAAGAUAAGAUAUUUUUUUCAAAGAAUAAAGCUCCAAAAAAAGUGAAUAAUCGUCGUGGAAGACUCAUCAUUCGAAAUCUUCCAUUUACUACAAAUGAAGAACAAUUAAAAGAACAUUUUGCUAAAUUUGGUGAAAUUAAUGAUAUUAAACUUCUACGUAAACCUGAUGGGAAACUUAUUGGAUGUGGAUUUGUACAAUUUAUUGUUAAACAAAAUGCUGCCAAAGCAAUUGCCCAUACUAGUGGUAAAGAUUUUUUUGGCCGAUCUAUUGUUGUUGAUUGGGCUAUACCAAAAAAUAAAUAUGAAACAAUUCAUACUUCAAAGGAAAAUGAAGAAAUUGCUACAGUUAAAGAGGAUAUAGCGCUAGAAAAUAAAAAUGAAGAUAUAAAAGAAGAAGUUGUAUCAGAUGUCGAAGAAAAUAUAGAUGACACUUCAAAAACUAUAGAUGAUUAUCUCACUCUUGAUUCAACAAAAAAUGAAGAUGAUAAUUUUGUAGAUUUUGAAACUACAGCUUCUGAAAAAAAUGAUAGUAUAAAGAGAAAAUGUACUGACGAAACAGAAUCUGUAAUUCCUGCUACAAAUAAAAAACGUUUCAAGUCUCAUGAUGUUAAAGAAGGUUUGACAAUAUUUUUCAAAAAUGUAUCAUUCAGUACCACCAACAAAGAACUUCAGUGUUUUAUGAAAGAACGUUUUGGUCCCAUUUACUAUGCACUUAUUUGUGUAGACCGUUUAACAGAGCAUUCAAAAGGAACAGCGUUCGUGAAAUUCAGGGAUACUAGCAGUGUAGAAGCUUGUAUGCACAGUUCCCCUGAAAAUUUAACUUUAAACGGCUCUACAAUGGAACCACAAAUGGCAAUUGAUAAAGAAGUUCUCGAUAGAUCUAAUGAAAAUAAAGUUGUUCACAAAGAUAACAGAAACUUAUUUUUAAUCAAAGAAGGAGUUAUAAUUGCUGGCACAUCAGCUGCAAAUGGUGUUUCUGUUCAUGAUAUGAACAAACGUUUAGAAUUAGAACAAUGGAAAUCUCAAGUAUUAAAAAAUUUAAAUAUGUUUGUGGCUCGAAAUCGACUUAUAGUUCACAAUUUACCAGCUAAUAUGGAUAAUAAAAAAUUAAAAGAUUUAUUCACAAAGUAUUCACGUCCUAAUGCAGUAUCAAAAGCAGUUGUAAUGAGAAAUUUAAAAAAGGUCGAUCUAAAAGGACAAGCUAUUUCAAAAGAAUAUGGUUUUAUUACAUUCAAACAACAUGAAGAUGCUUUAAAAGCACUCAGAGCUAUAAAUAAUAAUCCAAAUAUUUUUAAUGCUAAUAAGAGACCAAUAGUUGCAUUUUCUAUUGAAAAUAGACUUGUUUUACAAGCUAGGCAACGAAGAACAGAAAAAAGUAAACUCUGCAAUCCAUUAUUUAAUAAACAACAUCCAGGUUCUUCUGCUACUGAAAACAAAAGAUUUAAUACUAAAAGUAAUGACAAAAACAAAAAUCAGAGAGCUAAUAGUAGUUUAUCAAAAAAAAAAAUGACUGACCUUCCGGAGUAUACUGGUAUAACAGCUAGAGAGGGACAUACAGCAAUUCGAUCCAAGUUUAAGUUGAAGAUUCAGGCUGAAGCUCACCAGAAAAAUGUUAAAACUAAGAAGAAGUUAACCAUGAAAAAGAAACGUGAUCUUGCCAUUAGAAAUGAGAAAAAGAGAGAACCAAAAUUAAAAAGUAAAAAGAAAAACAGUACCAAAAAUGAUGUGUCAUUUUCAAAUUUGGUUAAUAAAUAUAAAAAUAAAAUAUCAGGACCAGAAACAUUAAAAAAAUGGUAUGAAUAAUAAU